UCUUCAAUCAUAAGACAAACCUGCGAUGUAAAGGAAGAUAGAAAUCGAUAACUUUUUUUCUGAGAGAAACUCAGAAAAAAGGAGGUGACCCCUCGUUCUCUAAUCGAUUACCCAAUCAUUCGUUCACUCACCAGCUGAAUUGAAUCUGAAAAAAAAAACAGUGAGUUGUGUGAUUGAUUGCGUCUUGUGGAAGAAGAGGGAAGUUAAGUAAUGGCGAAAGCAGGAGGGAUCACGAACGCGGUGAACGUAGGAAUCGCUGUUCAAGCAGAUUGGGAGAAUCGUGAGUUCAUCUCGCACAUCUCUCUCAAUGUCCGUCGUCUCUUCGAGUUCCUCGUCCAAUUCGAAUCGACGACAAAGAGCAAAUUGGCAUCACUGAAUGAGAAGUUGGAUCUUCUGGAACGUCGCUUGGAGAUGCUCGAGGUCCAAGUGAGUACCGCCACGGCUAAUCCUUCUCUGUUUGCUACCUGAAACACACACAGUCAGAGUCUGAGCCUUUGGCAUGUGAACCGUUGAAUCAUUCUUUCUUCCAAAACUAUAAUAUGAAUCCACACAUGAACUUUGUAUCUUUGUCUAUCCCAGUGUUGAUGUAACUUGUUAGAUCUUUUGAAUGCCAAAUUAUUUCACUA